AUGGCAUCCAAACUCCACGAACAGUACGACCUCGCCAUCUUCCAGCUUGCCUUAUACAUCUUGAUCACUCCCUUUACUUUGUACGCCUUCGUCAACGCAUGUACCACGAGGAGAGCCUGCGCCGUCAAGACACGCAAGUCAUCAGGCACCUUCCUCUUCUCAAAUCUCGGCUUGAUUGCCCUUCAUGUGGUCGUCAGCGCACCCGCCGUGCUGGUCGGUGUCGGCGCGAGCAAGUUCUUCACCAGCUCCAACUUCUCGGACGCAUAG